CCAAACUUUGUCUAGAGUGAGAGCGAACGGGCCCGUGACGUGGGGCAAGCCUGAGCAGGAGACGAGCGUCGCUGCCCCAGGCCUCGCGCAGGCACUGGCCUCGCCCUUGGGAUAAAGUCCGCCCAGGUUUUCUAGCGGGAUUUUUAAGACUUUUGUUGAUCUGGCCGCAGUCUGUCAUUCAUUCAUUUAACAUUCACUGAACACAGUAGUAGGCGCUGGAAGGAGAGAAGUGAGCAAGACACACAACUAUUCCUACGGUUAGGAUGGCCACCGGCUGGGGGAGCCUCUUGCAGGAGGAGCAGCAGCUGGAGGAGCUGGCGCGGCAGGCUGUGGACCGGGCCCUGGCAGAGGGAGUAUUGCUGAGGACCUCACAGGAGCCCAGCUCCUCUGAUGUGGUAAGCUAUGCCCCAUUCACGCUCUUCCCCUCACUGGUCCCCAGUGCCCUGCUGGAGCAGGCCUAUGCUGUGCAGAUGGACUUCAACAUGCUGGUGGAUGCUGUCAGCCAGAAUGCUGCCUUUCUGGAGCAGACUCUCUCCAGCACCAUCAAAAGGGACAACUUCACUGCUCAUCUCUUUGACAUCCACAAGCAAGUCCUGAAAGAGGGCAUUGCCCAGACUGUGUUCCUGGGUCUGAAUCGCUCAGACUACAUGUUCCAGCGCAACGCAGAUGGCUCCCCAGCCCUGAAACAGAUUGAAAUCAACACUAUCUCUGCCAGCUUUGGGGGCCUGGCCUCCCGCACCCCAGCUGUGCACCGACAUGUUCUCAAUGUCCUGAAUAAGACCAAAGAAGCUGCCAAGAUCCUCUCCAAUAAUCCCAGCAAGGGACUGGCACUGGGGAUCACCAGAGCCUGGGAGCUCUACGGCUCAGCCAAUGCUCUGGUGCUACUGAUUGCUCAAGAGAAGGAAAGGAACAUAUUUGACCAGCGUGCUAUAGAGAAUGAGCUACUAGCCAGGAAUAUCCAUGUAAUCCGUCGAAGGUUUGAAGAUGUUUCUGAAAAGGGGUCUCUGGACCAAGACCGAAGGCUGUUUAUGGACGGCCAGGAAGUUGCUGUGGUUUACUUCCGGGAUGGCUACAUGCCGAGUCAGUACAGUCCACAGAACUGGGAAGCACGCUUACUGCUGGAGAGGUCAUGUGCUGUCAAGUGCCCAGAUAUUGCCACCCAGCUGGCUGGGACUAAGAAGGUGCAGCAGGAGCUGAGCAGAAUGGGUGUACUAGAGAUGUUGCUCCCUGGCCAGCCUGAGACUGUGGCCCGCCUCCGUGCCACCUUUGCUGGCCUCUACUCACUGGACAUGGGUGAAGAAGGGGACCAGGCCAUUGCUGAGGCCAUUGUUGCCCCUAGCCAGUUUGUGCUAAAGCCCCAGAGAGAGGGUGGAGGUAACAACUUAUAUGGGGAAGAGAUGGUACAGGCCCUGGAGCGGCUGAAGGACAGCGAGGAGAGAGCCUCCUACAUCCUCAUGGAAAAGAUUAAACCUGAGCCUUUUGGAAAUUGCCUGUUACGGCCUGGCAGCCCUGUCCAAGUUGUCCAGUGCAUCUCAGAGCUAGGCAUCUUUGGGGUCUAUGUCAGGCAGGGGAAGACACUUGUGAUGAAUAAGCAUGUGGGACAUCUGCUUCGAACCAAAGCCAUCGAGCAUGCAGAUGGUGGUGUGGCAGCAGGAGUGGCAGUCCUGGACAACCCAUACCCUGUGUGAGGGCACAGCCAGGCCUUGCCCAGACUUUGCUCAAGAGACCAUCUCUCCUUCAUACUUGUCAUUCCUCUCCUAGCCCCUCUGAGGGGCUUCCCUCCCUGUACCUUGACAAGGCUGGUCUCUUCAGUUCACAGAAGGGUGAAUGCUGAGUACCUUCCCCCAGCCCUCCCAUCUAAGGACCAGAAAAGCUGUGUUUCCCUUAGGUGAGAUCUAGAGGCCCCUAAAUCCUCAGAGUGUGAGUAUAGCUGAAAAGAAGCUGAUUUGAGGUAAUGGUCCAUAACCCUGCCACCCUCCUGUCAGCCCCUCAUUAGCCUUUCCAGCAGUUUCCAGUGUUGGACUUAGGAUAGGACUGAGAGGUAGGAGGAGUGCAGUGACGGGGCAUAGCCUUUCCCCACCUCUGCCUUAAAUAAAAUUACAUUGCCGAUUCUAUGA